AUGCGUGCUGGCGCCAACACUCUUCAGUCUUCUGUUCUCUGCCAUGCUGAUGGAUGCCUACCGCGACGAACGCCCCGGGACCCGCAUCGCCUACAGGACAGACGGUCGCCUCCUGAAUCAACGGCGGAUGCACUUCCAAUCGCGCGCAUCCACAACCACCGCUCACGAACUCCUCUUCGCCGACGACUGCGCCCUAAACACCACCUCGGAAGAGGAGAUGCAACGAAGUAUGGACCUGUUCUCAGCCACCUGCGAGAACUUUUGGCUGGUCAUCAACAGGCAGAAGACGGUGGUGAUGCAUCAACCGCCACCCAACUCAGCCACAGCCCCAACGCGCCGCCGCAAAUCAGCGUGAACGGAACCAAACUGCAAGUGGUGGAGAACUUCCCGUACCUGGGCAGUACUCUCUCCCGCAACACCAAGAUCGACGACGAAGUCGCCAACAGGAUCUCGAAAGCCAGUCAAGCCUUCGGUCGCCUCCAAAGCACAGUUUGGAAUGGCCACGGUCUUCAGCUGAGCACCAAGCUGAAGAUGUACAAGGCCGUCAUCCUGUCGACACUAGUGUAUGGAGCGGAGACUUGGACGGUGUACGCAAAGCAGGCACGCCGUCUGAACCACUUCCACCUCAGUUGUCUUCGUCGCAUCCUGAGGCUAAACUGGCAGGAUCGCAUCCCCGACACGGAUGUGCUGGAACGGACGGGAAUCCCCAGCAUCUACGCCAUACUGAAACAAAUGCAGCUGCGCUGGAGCGGCCACCUGGUGCGCAUGGACGACGAGCGACUACCCAAACAACUCCUCUACGGAGACGUCGCGACGGGUUCUCGUCGUCAAGGAGGCCAGAUUCGCCGUUAGAAGGAUACGUUGAAGUCCUCCCUGAAACGCCUGCAAAUCAACCCCACCAACUGGGAGGAGCUCGCACUCGAUCGCCCGACCUGGAGGAGGACAGUGAAGACAGGCGCUGCGAUCUACGAAGCCAACCGCAUCGCUGCCGCCAAAACGAAACGCGAAGCCCGCAAAUCACAACUUCGCCCAGUACGCAACGCCGCCGCACAACCGCUCCCCACGUUUCCUCGAUGUCAACGGACAUUCCAGGCUCGAAUCGGCCUUGUUGGACAUCUUCGGAUCAACUGUGCCUCUCGAACGGCACCAACCAACGUCCCCCCACCCGCAUCUUCCUCCUUCUCUCCGCCGCUAACUAACUCUGACGAUUCUUCUGACCCACCACUUCCAUCCUCCUCCUCCUCCGCCCACUCCUCCUCCUCCUCCCCCUCCUCCUCCUCCUCCUCCUCCUCCAUAGCUUCCUUCUCCUCGCCCACUGCUCCAACGACGGCCGCUCAGGCGACACCACCACCUCCCACGAUUCCAGCGAUGAGGAUCAGGACUACACCCGCCCUCACUGCGACCGCACCUUCACCUCACACAUCAGCCUGGUCGGUCACUUUCGAAUCCAUCGCACAGAGACUGGCGAACCAGUGCCUGAAGCACCAACCAACACCCACCACACUCGCCCCCACUGCCCACACUGCCCUCGCAACUUCAGGCAUCGCAUGGGCCUUUUCGGCCACAUGCGCAUCCACGAGAGCGGCCUUGACUGCACUCCUGACACACCCACCGUGCACAGCCCCACGCUUGCUCCAUCCGUCUGCGCCACCACCACCACCGCCUCCUCUGUAGCUGACACUGACACCGCCGAAUUCUCAUGCCCACACUUUCCACGCACCUUCACCUCACACAUCGGCCUGGUCGGUCACUUGCAACUCCAUCGCACAGAGACUGGCGAACCAGUGCCUGGAGCACCCUCCUAA